AUGAAGGACCAGACUACUAAUACCACCCAGCCUUUAGAACAAUAUUCCUAUUCUGAAGAAAGUAUUCCUCUGUCACUACAACCCUGGUUCUGGAAGAGGAAAAAUUCUGUUUCUCCUGCUGCUAAAUGCCAAAGCAGAACAGAAGCAUGGAAGCGAUCAGUUACACCUUCAGGCUCUCAAAUCCCUGAAGAUUCAGUAAAAAUUGAUCCUGAAACUAAACCACAGACCACCAAUCAGUCAUCUGUUCCUCUACCAGGCAGCAUUAUUGAGGGAGAUAUGUAUUCAGAGAAGAUACAAGACCAUCCUUCAUGUGUUAUUAAAAGUGUUUUGAUUGAAGACACAUGUGAAGAGGAUGGAGAGGAAAAAUCAUGGCUGCACAAGCUUGGAAUGAAUAUAAACAAGUGGUCAUUUCUCAACUCCCUGGUUGGAUGGAGUGAAAACACAGCUCUAGAAAAAGGUCAUCUGAACAUAUCUGGAGUUUGUUCUGAUGCUGAUCGCAAAGGAACAGAGCUGCAGGAAUGUACAACCAAAGAAGAAGAGCCAUAUAUUCCAUAUCAGUUAGCUACAUUAUUUGUCAUCAAGAUUGUAAAAGACAUGCAGAAAAUGAAAAACAAACACAUGAAGAUAAUAAGAGAACUAGACAAUAUAAGGAAAGAAAACCAGGAGCAGACUAUGACAGCUAUAAAAAAACAUUAUAGUGAGAAAAUGAGUAGUCUGAAAUCCCAUUUAAAAGCUUACCUGGAGCUGAUGAGCAAGAGCAACAGACACUGGCAAGAUACAGCUAAGAGCCUGAGGGAAAGAAACAGACAACUGAUCCAAAAGAAUGAAGAUCUUCUUCACCAAAUGAGGCAACAAACAGAGAAAUGGGAAGAAGAAAAGGUCUGGAUUCUAGAAAAUUUGUGUAAAAACAGAGAUUACCUUUAUACCCAGCACACACUGACUUUGCAGGAACUUCACAUCAUCAGUCUAUACGUGGAAAGAAUGUGUAACCUUAUGAAUUUCCAGAUGAAAAACGUUCAGCAAAAGUCUGAAAAGGCAGAAGGAGAGAAAGCAGAUGUGUCAGAAGUUUUAGAAUUAAAAACAGAACAAGUAGCUAAUGAAGAAGAAAAGCCUGAAUGGUCGAUGGAAAAGGGGUAUCUUUGGCAAGCAUACACCAUGCUGGAAAAGAUACAGGAAUCUUUAUGGAAACGAGAGAGAGAAAUCACUGAGCUCCUACAAAGUGAAAGAAGAUAUAACAAGGCAAUGAAACCUCAAAUCACAGUGCUAUUAUUCUUGAAAACUCUUGUCAAAAAGGUUCACACCAUAUACUGUGAUGUCCCAGAGGCAAAACAGUACAUCAGUCAGCUUAUCAGGAAGAACGAGGAUGAAAAGUCUGAUCGGAAAGAAGCCUUUAAUAAUGCUCAGGCUGACAUUCUGUCCUAUGAAGUAUUAUAUGGAAAUGAGCCUACGGAUGACAAAAGAACACAGCUCUCAAUGAAGCUUUUCAGAAACCUUGGGAAAGCAAAGUCUGAUUUAGAAUGUGUUGAAACAGAGAAAAUUGUGUUUGAUUCUAUCCAAACAGGGGAAAUCCCCAACUGGAUUAAGAGGGAUUGUCUUUAUGUAGCCUUGACAGAAGACCCUGCAACAUGUUCUGAGGAGACAGAGACACCAUUCAGAGGAACUCAUGCAGAACUUUGAAAUUAUAAUCAAGCUGUCAGUCCACUUUUUGAAGAAGAAAGAACAUUGGAAAGGAAUUCAAGAGAAAAAGAACAAGGACAUGUCACUAAAGUGUAGAUGCAUUAUGGUGAUGAUGCCGAAGAGAAAAACAGUCAGAAUGGGUAAAGAAG